AUGAAGAAAGUGUUUAAGAAACUAAAUAAGGGCACAGAAAAGCCGAAGAAAGACAGAAAAGCGAUUCCAUUAAGCGUAAAGCUGGAUGUAGUCAAACGUAUUGACGAGGGACAACGUAACAAAGACGUGAUGCAGGCACUCCAUUUAUCCUCGUCGACGAUAAGUACUAUCUACAUGCAGAAGGAGAAGAUACUGCAGACAGCUGUUAUCGCCGCUGGAGGUGCAAAUUUGACGAAGCUGACGUUGAGCAGACACCCGAUCAUGGAGAAACUGGAGAAACUUUUGUUGCAGUGGAUAGACGAGACGACAAGCCGUCAGAUGGCUCUUAAUUUUCACGUGAUCCGAGAAAAGGCACUGUCGUUGUUUGAGAGACUGAAGGCGCAGGCCAUUGAGGAGGGAGACGAGACGGCAAAGACUGUGAAUUUUAAAGGCAGUCACGGGUGGUUCGACCGCUUCAAGAAGAGAGGACUCAUGCACAACCUUCAGGCUUUGGUUGAGGCAGUGUCUGCAGACCUCGCCGCAGUCAGUGCUUUUCCUGAAGAGCUGAACAAAAUCAUACAGGAAGGCGGCUACACCAGCAAACAGAUCUUCAACGUGGACGAGACAGGCUUGUUCUGGAAGCGCAUGAUGUCCCACACCAGCAUCUCGCACGACGAAGAACGGGCAAAAGGCCAUAAAGCGUCAAAAGACAGGCUGACGUUGCUGCUUGGUGGAAAUGCUGAAGGCGAUGUAAAACUGAAGCCACUGCUUGUGUACUGCUCGGAAAAUCCUCGGGCCUUGAAAGGCAUCAAUAAAAACAGCCUUCCCGUUAUCUGGCGUUCAAACCGAAGUGCGAGGGUGACACAGCAAGUGUUUUUGGACUACGUGCAAAAUUAUUUCUGUCCUUUUGUCGAAAAAUACUGUCGAGAAAAUAACCUUGACAACAAAGCACUUUUGAUCAUCGACAGUGCUCCUGGUCAUCCAGGCACGGUGGCAGACUACAGCAGCAAUGUGCAGGUCGUGUUUUUGCCUCCGAACACCUCCCUGGUGCAGCCGAUGGACCAAGGUGUCACUGCCACGUUCAAGGCUCAGUACUUGCGCCUCGUGAUGAAGUACCUCGUUGAUGGCCUCAGCAUGGGCGGAAGGACGACAGUCAGGGAGCUGUGGACAAGUUACGACCUCAAAAUGGCUGUCGAAAACAUCGCAGCUGCUUGGGACGAAGUCACGGCGAACACAAUGAACGCCGUCUGGCAACAACUCCUUCCUGAGUUGGUGCGCGACCUUCAUGGUUUGGAAACCGAUAAGAAGAUGAUCUGCUCCGACAUCGUACGGCUGGCAGUGAAAGCAGGAUUCAACUCCAUCGACAUCGAAGACGUGCAAGAGGUGUUGGAGGCUCAUUCGGAGGACCUGACCGACGAGGAGAUGAUCCAGCGAGAAGAGGAGCGUUUGAAGGAGGAGACGGAACGUUUGAAGGAAGGAAGACUGGACAAAGACGAUGAGCCGCUCAAAGACUUUGGGACAAAAGAGCUGCGCAGUUUGUUCACCAUGGUCGAGAGUGCUUGUGACUUGGUUGACCAGCAUGACAGCGACUUUGAACGAGCUCGCAAGGUGAAGCUGCAAAUGAGAGAAUCGGUCGAAUGUUACAGACAGAUGUACGACAGAAAGGUGCGAGAAACCAAGCAGACGAAUCUGUUAGGGUUUCGACCCUCCGCUGGCUAUGCCGCUUCUCGACCUUCGACCUCGUGUAUCAUACGUCCCAUGGAAGAGGAAGACGACAAAGAGGAGGAAACGGUCGUGAGCCAUCCGUUAAUUAUGGAGUGCGAAGAACUGAGCCACUCCUAG